UUCCUACAUCCACAUGGCAGCCAAACUGCUCCUUGAAUGCUGUAGAAAGGAAGCCGUUCCCUCCUUCCCUCCCUCCUUCUUCCCCACCGGCUCUCUCUCCUGGUCUACUGAUGACAGAAUAUCUCUAGUCUGCAGUGAUGUCAUUUACGUUAUUACUCUUAAAGGUUUUCUGCCUCAAAAUACCAAGUCCUUAGUUCCGAUAUCAGUUGCCAUUAUUGAAGCUCCUCCCAUGUCCUUUCCUCUUUCUCUUAAUCUAUCACUAGACAUUAGUAAAUGUAUUUAUGGAGAACACACCCCCUCUAAUGAGGGACACUCCCCCUUUAACGAGGGACCUUUGGUUGAUGGUGUGUUUGGUGUUUUAUUUGAUCCUUUGGUUAGUGGGUGUGGCUCUAAAGGUCGUUUCUUAUCAGCAAAGUGGUCGCCGAUCAGAUCAAACUGGUCAAACAGGUGUAUUUUGGCAGGUCUGACUAACUCCAGUAGUGUAUUAGUUUAUGAUGAGACAACGAGGGGACAAUGGGACUUGGUGUUUGAUUUUACUGAUAUUUAUUAUAGAGUAUUAGUCUCUGUUGAUUUUGAUGUCAAACUCUUACCAGCAACAUCAGAACAAUCACCUCCUCCUACUACAAAAACUAAUAUUUCUCAAUCUGAAUAUCAGAGACGGCGUGAUUUCUUUGUAUCCGUGGCAAUGUCAUGGUUACCGGUCUUCCUUUCAGAGGGUGUGGUCUUACUUGCUAUAGCUAUGAGAAGUGGUCACUUGGUUCUAUGGUCAAUGGCUGUACCAGUAGACAGGCUAGUGCCUCCGUCCUUACUGAACGUGAUUCAUUUACCAGCUGGGAUCAGUUCAGUUACAACUGUAGAGUGGACAAUCAUUAAUAAAAAUUAUUUAUUAAGUGUCGGGUCAGCCAGUGGGCAUGUCCUCUUAUUAGAGUGGGUGGAGUCUGCCUUUCCUUAUGAGGAACCUAUGGUAUACCAUAUAUGGAGUUGCAAUGAUGAGGUACCAGUUGGUCACAUGACCUGGAGCUGUUCUGAGGAUGUGAAAUGGUUAAUAUAUUCCAAAGGUUGUUAUACUUUUGCUGUUUUAAUUAAAUAUAUGAAUAACGAGCUAAUGACAUCAGAUCCUUAUCUUCUCUCAUCAAACCACACCCAUCCCGUCUCUGGAAUCACCUCAUUACACAAUAAUGAUGUCAUAACGUGUUCAACUGAUGGAACUAUUACCUCUCGUCCUUUACCAAAUAUGGAAGGUGUAACGGUUGGGGCUUCAGCCAGUGAUACAGUUAUUAAUGGUAAGGAGGAAUGGAGUCCAGUUAGUCUUGGAGGGAAGAUUACAGCUGGAUCCUGUUUUGGAAUGGACUCGUCUAAAAAUGACCUUUACACUAUCAUACAUGUUAAAACUGUCGACAAGGUUUCAACCCAGCUCCUAAUCCUCCCUCUCAUACUGCCAGAGGAUGUCAGUCUGAUAUGGCAGCGCUCGUCAUCUUGGGAUCUUUAUGAGUCCUUGAGGAGUAAUUUAUCACUUAUUUACGAGGAGGGAGAGACAAGGAUUGAAUCAUUACCACUAGCCAUGAGGAGACAUGCAGCUGCACUCUCUCAUGAUCAAGAGCUGAUGUUUCAGAUUGAUGGAGAACUGCUGAGUCAGCAUUGCAGACGUUACUUGAGUGAGUUCAUGAAAUGGACAGAAGACAAUGAAAUUCAAAAUGGAGACAAGUCGAUAAUUUCCAUUGGUAACACUGCUGCUUUACUGAAACGACAUGCACAAAAUGAGUUUGAUUUUUCAAUAGCCGAAAAUUGUUUAUCAUUCGUGGUCAAUAAUUUGGCACAAGUUGAGAAGUGUCCUAUUUGUAGCGAAAUCAUACUGUAUUGCAACCCACUUUCAGGGUCAUGCUCCAAUAAUCAUUGCUGGGAGAGGUGUGUCCUAACUCAGUGUAUUGUGUCUCAAUUUGCUGAGUCCAUGAGUUGUUCGAUCUGUAACAAACUAGUUAAUAUAACCAGAGGUGGCUGGCUAGGACACGUUUUGAAGACAUUUACAAUCUGUCCUAUUUGUGGAGGCCAUUUUGAAUCAACACUUUAACAUACAUAUAUAUACAUAAAUAGUAUUUUUAUAAACAUAAAUAAUAAUAAUAAUAGUCCCAUAGCUCUGAAAUGCAUUUUUCUGUUUUCUUUAUUCUUAUUUUGAUGACUCGUGGUAUCUCUUA